UGUGGCGCAGGACAAAUUUCCGAAAGUGAAAGCAGCACACACAGGCGUUAUUUCCUGAUCUCGAUGGCGGACCGAAAUAGAAUCGCGACCUUUUUAUCAUUAAAUCUUAAAUUUAAGCUGUAAAAAAAACACAGAUUAGGUUCAAGAUUCUAAUAAUCUGCACGAGCUGAUCUGAAGACAGUGUGGACAAAAUGAAGGGAACGUUCUUGUGUUUCAGCAUCGUGGUUCUCUGUUUGAGGCGCAUGAUGGCUGCAGAGACUUUUUUUGUAAACUGUUCUGAGACUGUAAUUAUGGGGAAAUAUGGUUCCUCUGUGGUUCUCCCAUGUUGGCUUACCCCUAACACUAACGCAGAAACAUGGGAGGUUCGUUGGUACCGCCCAAACCAGUUCAAAGAGCCACUAUUAUUUUACACGGACCGUAAAGUCAUUACAGACUAUCAAGAGAUUUACAAGAAUCGGAGCUCACUGACCCAGCGCAACCCUCAGUCUACCGGGCUCAAACAGGGAGACGUCUCCUUGAAGUUGGACAACCUUGGUUUGUCAGACAUUGGGAUUUUUCACUGCUACGUGAGUGGAGACACAUCAUAUGACAGCAGUACUGUGACACUCAGUAUAACUGCUCUGGGCUCUAUGCCUAUCCUUUCUCUGGAGCACCACCACGACUCUGUGAACCUCACCUGUACUUCAUCUGGCUGGUUUCCUCAACCAAGACUCCUGUGGAAAUUCACCAAAGAAGGAGAUGUUCUUUCUGAGCUUCGAACCCCCAUUUACACUAAACAAGGGAACGGCCUGUUUUCUAUUAAGAGCUGGGUCAUCCUGUCAUCUUCUGUCUCUAACACCAUCACCUGUUCUGUCGCUCUGUCAGAGGAGAAGAGAAAUGUGAGCGUGAACUUAGAGCCCCGCGUAUCAGUUGAGAAUAGUGGAGUGUGGAAGAUUCUUUUCACUAUGGCACUGUUGUGUGUACUGGCUCUGAUCGGCAUUGGCUUCUUCCUCUACAAAAAAUACAAAGGAUACCAUGCAGUUAGUAGAGGCAAAAUGCCAGAACUACAACAUCCAAUAGUUUGCAUUAAAGCAAACAUGGUGGACUUGACAAAAGGUCAGCCUACAAAUAUGGAGGACUUAAGAAAAGCAACAGUGGCCAUCACGUUAGAUAAGGAGAAGUGUAAGAAAGAGCACCUAAGAUUUAACCCUCAUGGUAAUCUUGUGAGAGAUGCAGAUGAGGCUGCUGAUAAGUAUAAAGCACAUGGUUUUCCUUAUGAAUUAUGUGUAAAAGGAAGUGAGAGUUUCCACUCGGGUCGUGUAUAUUGGGAAGUUGGAUUAAAAGUACCAAAUGUUCCACCCAAAACGUCAUGGCUGAUUGGAGUCGCCAAAGCUUCAUAUACCAUAAGUGAUGAAAAGAGUCAUUUUACUCCUUCAAAUGGAUUUUGGUUUUUGUGCUCAGACCCAGAAAAUGGUCUCCGUGUUAACACUGAACCCGAAACCUCACCUUUGGUAGACACAACACCAGAGUGUGUUGGAGUUUUGCUCGAUUUUGACAAAAGUGAGCUUUCAUUUUACAGUGCUACAGAUGGUGUGCAUCUCUUUACAAUGAGAGUCAAUUUCCAAGAGGAAGUUGUGCCUCUGUUUAAUCCAGGAAUAGGUGAUAAGGCUCCACUACACAUAAAAAACCCACAGGUUAACACACAAAACGAGGCUGGAGGGAGUACUAGUCCUACAGCCAAUGUUACAAAUCAACAUGUAUAAAUAAUACUAAGAAAGAACUACGUUUUUUCCAUUAUGGAAGCUCAAAAUGGAACCACGUGAUUAUACUUUAGUCCCUAGUUCCUUGUUGUUUUAUGUAGUGAUGUGUCUUCAUAGAAUGUUGUUUCAUUUCACCAUGUACUGCACCAGCUGUAUAUGGUUGAAAUGACAAUUCUUGACUAGAAAAUGGACAAAAUUCGUAUUGACUUUUAUUGAAAAGUUUGGAUUGUUAUAAUUACUAAAAAUUGCAAAAAACAAAACAAAAAACAUUCACGUAACUCAUUGGACUGAUGGGUUUCCUGAAACGGCUGGUCAAAUAUUCCACUAACUCUCAUAGACAUUCAUCAAACAUCAAACUAUCUUUACAUUUUCAAACUUUCAGACUGGCUUUGUCAUGUCACCAUCAAAAUUUGUCAUGAUUAACUUUAUCUAUCUAGAUACCUCAUGCAAUGAGACAAAAAAUACCACACAAGCAGUCACACUGUGGGUCCUUUUGUAUUGUUUAAGCUUUUAAGCCUCUGUUUUCAUUCUUGUUUAUAUUGAUGAUUAAAAAAAACAAUUUAUAUGAA